ACAAAGCCGUAUUAUAGGAGGAAGACGCAAUAUGAAUUUAAUAAAACAAGGCCUAAUUUUAAUGGCAUAUGCUCUGGUGCUUAAGACAACGACAGCAGACGUGCUCGACAAAUAUCAUGAAUAUCGGAGAGAUAAAACAAAAAAAGACGCGGAUUUGCUCAUUAAAAUGUCGGCAGAUUUCAUUAAAGACAUGCAACAGAAAAUGAAUAUCAUAAAACGAACAGGCGUAAACUACGCCGGUUCAGUUGACUUUAUGAUUGGCGCCAGUUAUGACGAUAUACAGAGGCGUUUCAAGCAUAUGUGCGACCUUUACCACCAGUAUGCGACUGUGAACCGAUACGUGCUUGGUAACGAGCUAAACGAUACGGCGCCGAACUGGGACGUGGUCGUCCUGUAUCAGAUCAUGUUGAGCGACUACAAUGAAAUCAUGAUGCUGUCAGAGCUUGUCAAGAAGGAAAAGCGAAUCAAGAAAACGAACGCGGCAGAGGAUGACACCAAAGACGUGGUCAAGAAGCAGCUGGCGAAAUUUGCGAGCCUCGACGUGCCGCCCCCAAAAAUAAAAGAAGAAGAGGAGAAGGUGAAGCCGUCGUCGCCGGCGUCGCCGGCGUCGACGACACCCGCCCAAGGCAGAAGGUGGGUAAGACACAGGGAUGCGGACUAUCCCCACUAUCCCCAGAAGUGGUCCGGAGAACUGGAUGGCAUAGGUUUCGACAAUCGCUAAAAUUUUUUAAAAGAUCUUUACUAUAGGCCAAUCAAAUUCAAAAAAAGCUCACAAAAAAGCUUGACUACGAAUAUGAGUGAUGAAUAUCAGUUUUUUGCUUGAUUUUUUCCAGGAUUUAAUUCCCAGCAGGCUGCAAAUCGUCUUAACACCUUCAUUGGUUCUAAAUUAGCGUAAUCUGAGUUUGCUCCAUUCCAGGAGUUGUGGAAUAAAUUUUGCUCUUUUUCAGUUUUUUGCUUGAAGUAGUUCAAAAACC